CGCUUGUGCCGCUGCAGGGAACUGGGAGUGAUGAAGAUGUCGAUCCCGUUCUCCAGCACCACCCUGAGGCUGCCCCCCGGCUUCCGGAACCUGCUGGAGGGGCUGGUAACGGAGGUGCUGCGGGUGCAGCCCCCCGACAUAGUGGGUUUUGCUGCUCAGCACUUCCAAACGCUGCUGGAGCAGAGAGAGGCCACCUCGGCUGACCCGGUGGUGUGGGGAGCCCAGCUGGAGGAGCUUCAAUCCCAGCCCUCUUCCCAGGAGCCAGAGAAGGACAAGGACAAGGAGAAGGGCAAGGAGGAGGCUGGCGGUGCUGCACCCACGGAGGGAGCCUGCACGAAGCUGGACGAGGACAUCCUGGAUAUCCCCUUGGACGAUCCCGACGCCAACGCGGCGGCCGCCAAGAUCCAGGCCAGUUUCCGUGGCCAUAUGACCCGUAAGAAGAUCAAAGGGGGCGAGAUCGAUCGGAAAACCAAGGACGCCGAGUGCGCCAACAGCACCCGCGGCGGCGACCUCCGCAACGGCGACUAGGCUCCUCCCGCCGCCCCCGGACCCCCCCCCUCCUCCGCCGCCGUCGCCCGCCGAGGUCCCGGAGCCGCUUCUCGCCCCGUCCCCCGCAUGCGCCCGCCGGGGCCCCCCCGCAGCCCGGCCCCGCCCCCCCGGAGCCCCAGACCCCAAUAAAGGUUCCUGCGGA